UGAUUUUGCAAAGCUCAUCAAACCGUCAACACGCCUCCUUCGAUAACAGUCAUGGCUCGAAAUGAAGAAAAAGCACAAUCUAUGCUCUACCGGUUCCGGGAAGCCCAAGCAGUUGAGCUUGGAAUGUCUACCAAAACCGAUCGGCGACCGCGGCUUGCUAGUAGCUGUCAGGAUCUUCGCCAGUGUGAAAGGUGGCGAGGCGAGAUUCUGAGAGAAAUCAGUAGGAAGGUAUCCAAAAUUCAAGAUGCUGGUUUGACAGAUUACGAAGUUCGAGACCUGAACGAUGAGAUCAACAAACUACUACGUGAAAAAGGGCAUUGGGAAACUCAGAUCAUCAAUCUUGGGGGGGCAAAUUAUAGAAGGAUUGGCUCUAGUACAUUCGAUGGUGCCGGUCGUAGUGUUCCAGGCCAACGUGGAUACAAAUAUUUCGGUCGAGCAAAAGAACUUCCCGGCGUGAAGGAAUUAUUCGAAGGCGCGUCCAAGCAUCAAGUCGAGCUGGAUGGUCUCAAGAAGAACGAUGACGUGUAUCCUAUGUUCAAAAAUCAGGGGCCGAGUUAUUUCGGUGACCAAGACGAAUCUGGCGAAGAUGGUCAAGAUCUUUUGAAAUACGAGUCAGCUGAAGAACGACAAGCUUGGCAAGACUCAUUCGACAAGGUGAUGAAAGUUCUGGAACUGCCUUCCGAUCACAUUGCACCACCCUUUCCAAUAACAAAUGGCAAGCCGUUCGUUUCGCACCCACAUCCCACAACUAAUGCAACAUCCGACAUGCGAGGCAAGCGGAAAACCAUCGAAGACGAUGUGGACGAGGCAGGAGCGAGUAAGAAAUCUCGAAAUAUCGAGGAUGAACAGACAGAUAAUCAAACAACUGAGGGCGAUCAAAUCGAAACGGAAGUGAACCCUAAUGGGCAGGUAGCGAUGAUCCCUCACUUCGUACUGGCUCCAGAGGAUUUGAUGCCCCCACCGGUCCCCUCAACGGAGCAAUGGGAAAAACUUAUCAUGAGGCUUCAAAAAGACGCGUUGAUGAGAGAAUACGUCGGAUAAGUCAAUAAUACCCCACUGCGUGAAUUUACCGCCUGUCCGAAGCCCGACGCCAUUUGAUUACCAGCGUGUGAAUCAAUUUCCUCCGGAUCUACGAGCAACGUUUAACAAUCUUGGUAUCAUCCUGAGAGGUAUGAAUAUCACAUUGUGAAGCUUCUCCUCGUGAAGACAUAUCGCAGAAAAACAUCAGUGUUGUACAGUAGAAACUCUAUCAGCCCCCAAUCAUGUAUGGAUGGGUUUGCUUGUUUGCGCACAGAUGAAGUGAGCAAAAAUUCAUCCUUGAUGAAUGGCCAAAGCAAGCUUUGGAUUUGAUAACAUUUGGUUCUCAUUUUAAAUCAACAGACCAACCAUUCCGC